AUGUAUCCUUUGAAUUUCACAGUGAUGGAAACAUUUUUGUAUCUCACCCUGCUAAUCUUAGGUCAAUUCAGCGUGUGUGUAUGUGUGUAGGUGUGUGUGCGUGCGUGUGUGUGUGCGUGCGUGCGUGCGUGUUUAUUUGUACAACUGGGUGUACAGUAUGUGCAUGGAUGCAUAGAUAGUGUGGUUGGGGGUGAGGGGUUGCUGGAGAAAAUGUCCCUCAUGAAUCAUUAUUCUGUUCACAGUGUUCUACACACCUUCCUCAUGUCUUCAUCAAUAUCACCUCAUUACCAACUCUAUGACCUGGACUGAUGCGCAGAGUUACUGCAGAGACCAAUACACUGACCUGGCCACAGUAGAAUACAUAGUGGACCUGAACAGGCUGAUUACCAGUGCCAAUCGUUAUAAAUACUGGUACUGGAUCGGACUGAAGAAAGGAGACUCCAUGAAGUGGCACUGGUCUCUGGCAGACAGAUGUUUCUACAGAGAGGGGGAGACUGAGAUCAGAAACUGGGACACUGGGACACCCACAAAUGGCAUCUGUGCUUUUAUGAGUACAGCUGGGCUGUGGAACAACACCUCCUGUGAUGACCAGCAUCACUUCAUCUGUUAUUGUCCCAUGUAUCUCAGUUGGUAGAGCAUGGCGUUUGCAACGCCAGGGUUGUGGGGGCAGUAUGAAAGAUGUAUGCACUCACUAACUGUAAGUCGCUCUGGUUAAGAGCGUCUGAUAAAUGACUAAAAUGUAAAAAAUGUAAUGAUGGUGAAUGUUUAAUUUGACUAACGAUGUAGCCUGUUCUAAGUGCCGGGGCUGCCAUUGAGCUGAAACAUAGACUUGUGAUUGCUUUAAGUUGUUAAUCACUUAUUGAUCUGUUAUCAAAUCAAUGAGAACAUGGAUUUUCAUAUUGAUUAUUACAUUUGUCACGAACCGGCUCAAGUUCGUAACAAAAGGGAGACACGUGGAGACAAGGAAUACUCAAAGUAUAUAUUUAUUAACUAAAGUAAACUAAAUCAAAUAACAAUGGUGUGUGUAAUCAGUAAUCAGUAGUGUAAGUGAGUGUUUGCAUGCAUAAAUGUAAUAUGGAGAAGUGUUGAGAGGUGCCAAAGCAAACAACCAAAAAGGCCACAAAAAUACCACAACCAAAGUCAAAGUAUCUGCCUGGAGAGAGUCUCCUCAAUGAAUGUGGAAGAGGUCCAUUUAUGCUGGGACACACCCGGCCCAGGUGUUUCCCAUGUAGCUGACGACCCUCCCAACUCCGCCCACCGGCAUCCUAAUAAGGAAACAAGAGCAAAGAGAGAAUACGGCAGACAGAGUGGGAGGGUCGUCACACAUUUGACUUUUGCAGGAAAACAAGGCACCAACCUAACAUACGUCUUAAUUAAUGAGAACAAGACCUGGAUAGAUGCUCAGAGUUACUGUAGACAGCAUCACACAGACCUGGUCAGUGUGAGGAACCAGACUGAGAACACAGAGAUAGAUCAGAAGAUAAUCACUGAGGGGACUGACUGUGUGGAUCGGUCUGUUUCAAGACUACUGGAGAUGGUCAGACCAGAGUGACUCCUCAUUCAGAAACUGGUGGCCAGGAUAGCCUUCAACAGAUCAUAAUAACUACACUGUGGUUUAGGCUUGUCCUUCCUAUUCUAAUACAUGGUGGAAUGAGCCCUGUGAUAGGUAGGUUACCAUAUUCUCCACCUGAUAUUAUGAUGACAGGAGAACUCUAAUGUUGCCCCCAUGAUUCACUACUGUCAUUGUGGGAUUUUAUUAUCUUGUAGGCCCAGCUGUGGAGACCACAACUGCCCCCCUGCCCACACCCACAACCACGACUUCCACCCCGAUCAUACUCAAGACUGCCUCCCUGACCCCUGAGAAACCUCAACUGAAGAGACAGGUGGUGAGAGUGAAGAUGACCCCUAAGGAUCAAAAUCUGAACCUCAGCAAUCCUGCUGUUCAGGACGCCAUCUUACAAGAG